UGUUGUCCCCUCUCAAUUCUCACAUAAGCCUUAAUUAGGGUCAAAAUUAUAUGUCAAAAUUAAACUUGGGAAAUAGAGAAUGGUCAGCAGGACUCCCUAUUCCAGUACAGUACAAUUCAAAAACUUGGGAAGUGCAGAUCACGUGAUAACUAAAAAUAUUAAUCCUCUUGAUGAUUUUCUUGUGGAUUUCGACCCCAAGUCAAUAUUACAAGCUGAAGUUUACUUGUUGGGAAUUAUCUGGAGUUCACUACUCGGUCCUUUUCUAGUUGCAAUUCAAGUUUGUAAGAGCAUCGUAAACUUUAUAAGCAAAAAUGACGAUUGCAUGGCGAAUGAUGCACUCCGAAGGAUGGAGAUUGAGCUAAGCCUCUUGUAUGAGGCUCUCCACACCAAGUUGCCUGUGAUUGUCACCAAGACUGGGUACAUAUGUCGCAUGUUGAACUUGAGUUGCAUAUUGGGAGCCUUGUUGUCAUUCUCAUUAAUUAAGAAGCACCACGAGUUGGAGGAGUUUGACACCUGCCUAAGCUAUGGGUUGCUGAUCGGGGCCCUGACGUUGGAUUUCAUAUCUAUAAUAUUACUUGUUUUCUCCGACUCGUUUGUUGUUGCUCACUUCCAUAUUAUGGAAUCCAAGCCCAUAUUCAUCAACAGAUUCAUCACCAGAUUCAUCAACAGGCGCAGAUGGCUGCUUGACUUUCUUAAAGGCACUAAACCUUGUCUUGCAGUUCCAGCAACUGCAGAAGAGAUACCUGACUCUCCUUUCAACGUUUGGAAGAUUGUCAGUGAGCUUGAAAACAUGCUCCGGUCAGUGGCAGAUGAGGAACUUUCUGUUCACGGUUUAGGACUAGAAUUUCGAGAAUUUUGCGCCUCUAUUCUUGCUCGCGAGACGCCACUGCCAUUUGAGGAUUUUCAAGAUCGACUCUUGGCUCAUGAAGAAGCCUUGCACUGUGAAGAAAGACGGCUUGACAAGGCGCCAGUCAUAGCACACCAUGCUGUUGUGCAGAACAAAAACUCUAAGGGACUCAACUCCUAUUCUCCCUUUGGUUCAAAUAAUCAACCAAAUUAUUCCGUCACUAACAAGCCCACUUAUACAGGUUCUAAUCAGCAACAACAGCCUACUAAUGCAUGGAACAAAUCUAAUCAAAGUUACAAUUCCAGCCCAAAAAUCCAUGUAAUGGAAGAAAAAAUGGAAAUUGGAGGUCUAAUGGGAACAAGAACUCCACUGCAUGCCAACUUUGUCAUCAAUCAGGUCACUUUGCCGAUAGUUGCCCUUACUAUCGAGUUGAAGCACAAGCACCUAUGGCCCAUUUUGCAACUUCAGCAGGCAAAGCUUCUCGUAAUGGUUGGUUGAUUGAUUCUGAGGCUAAUAAUCACAUAACAAAUGACUUGGCAAAUCUAGCAUUGCAUUCUGAAUAUGACGGACUUGAAGAACUUCAGAUUGGUGAUAAUUCAAGCUUGGAGAUUACACACAUAGGUAAUACAACCAUACCCAACUCUGCUCUUCCUUUAAAUAAUGUUCUUUGUGUGCC